AUGGAAAUGAUACCAGAGCCCGAUCCAGAUGACGAAGGGACUAAAAUAAGUGUAAGUUACUGUAUGUACAGAGUUUUUACAGUGUCCAUAUUAGGGCAACAUCACAUUUCCUAAUAUGGACACAAUAAGUAUGGACACAUAAAACCAUCACCAUUUGAAUGUUUCUGUUGUGUCAUUACAUGGUUCUCUGUACAGAACCACCAGUCAUGUGGGUGGGAUGUAGGUUGCUCCGGCAUCGUUAAUUGAACAUCUAUUUAACUCCCUACAGACGGUGAAAGUACAGGGAAACGACAUCUCCCACAAACUGCAGAUCUCCCGGGUGGGGAAGAGUGACGAGGGCCUGUAUGAGUGCAGAGUCACCAACGCCAACUAUGGAGAGCUGCUGGAGUACAAGGUCCAGGCCUACCUGAAGGUGAACAGCACCCGGCCCCGCAUCAGACCGGUCAAGAAGACGUCCCCCCUGUCCCACCUGACAGCAGAUAAGAAGUCCCGCAAGACAGGCUCCACAGCAGCACAAGACGGCAUGAGCGCCGACCAGAGGGUCCGCUCUACCUCCAGCUCUCAGACGUCAUCAGCCAAGACAGUCAAACACAGUUCAGGUGAGAUAACGGCGCCAGAGAUUCUGCUGUUAGAUUUUUCAUAUAAAUUUUUUUUCUUCAGUAGGGUAAAUCAUCAGCCAAUCCAUCUAUCUAUUCUCAUAUUUUUUCUGUCUUUAUUCUGCCUGUAUGUCAGUCUGUCUGUUUGUCUACCUGUCCAUCUGCCUGUUUCUUGUCUGUCUGCCUUCAGUCAGCUGUCCACUUGUCAGUUUGUUCAACUUUAAAGCGAUUCACCCAUGUGCCUAAUCAAAAAGACACUGAAGGACACUGUAGAGAGCGAAUAUUACAAUUGAAUGUGGAAAUACAGCAGAAAUAAUCCCCCAGACUGCAGUCUGUGAUUAUGAGGCAGAGGCGCCCCAAAUUAUGCUGACAACUGUGUGGCGCUGAAUGCUCUGUGCAGUGUGUGACACUGAUAAAUGUUCCUCUAUUGCUCCCCCUGUGGUCUUACCUUCACUGAGCACUGCUAUGACUGGAGGACAGUUACAUUGCUGCAAAUGCAGGUUUUUGGGUCGAUGAACAACAAUUGUCAAACAAUUGGAUGAAAUUAGACCUGUGAGAGAGAACGAUUUUCCACAUUGCCUUACCUGUAAACGAUGGCAACUGUUAGUCGAGUAGGAAUUAAGCGCAUGGUGGUUUAUCUGCAUUACGUGCCUGUGCAGAGAAGACCAAUGUGUCAGGUCUAGUUACCUCAUAGUUUGCUUAUAUUGGUUUUGGCACUGUUGGUUUUUUAAAGCUCUUGGGUCACUGAAUUGAAAUACCCAGAUGUGAUAUGUACUGUACCAAAAGGCCUUCAACUUUGUUUAAACUAUGUGUCAAGUCACCAACCUGUUCUGGAAAAAUAACUACUUUCAUACCAACUUCCCAAAGUGCUCAUACAACUUCAAACACACAGAAGAACGGAUAUCCCUGUCCUAUCAGGCAUGGCUGAGUGGUGAACGACACUGAGAACAGGGAGAAUUUGUGAAAUACGGGUGUAUGACAUCGAACCUAGCUACAGUACAUUCCGAUAUCCCUAAAUCCCAGCUGGGAUUUGCUAGACAAGUCAGACUGUGUUAUCACAUUUAUUUCAGUAGCCCACAGCUAGCUCCAUCAUGUAGGCAGAUAGAUGGCGCCAGGCCAGCUCUCUCCCUACGGUAGCGGCAUAUGCCUGGGUGACGCACCCACCCUCAGCAGGGAGGUCACUCUACCCUAUAUUCCAAAUCUGUAUUCCAUUAGACAAAAUAUGGAGUAAACUGGAGACUCAGACUGUAAACUAUUAGUGGUGGAUCAGGUGACUUUACUCUGUGCAAUGUAAAGCGAUUUGAGUCAGUACUUGUACAGCAACAGUACUUGGUUUGGUAUUUAGUAGUGUAGUACUCAUGUUGUAACCUAAUGAUUUAUUCAAUCAAGAGUUUGGUUGUGGCAAUUGAUAGGUUUUUAAAAAAAGCUUUUCCUGUGACAUUACUUUUUCAGUAUUUAUCUAAGAAUUGCAUUUAGGCUAUAUUCAGGGGUGGGAGUAUGUAAGAUGGGGCUCUCAUGGAUGGUCUGAGAGAUUCACUGCAAAUCAUCAGAGCUGUCUCCAUCAGCAUGUAAAGCUAGCCCAGCCUCCCAGGCUGCGAGCUGAUUCAUUAUUCUCCAUGCAGAGGAUGUUUUGGCCUAGUGUGAUUGCUGCUCCUCUGUGGUGCUCCUGUUCACUUGAUCACCCCGGGCCAAAUGAAAUCUGGCAGGGAGGAACAGCGGGUUACAGGCAUCUAUCUUUUUCCUCCUCCAGAUAGUGAGCUUGGCCGAACCAAAGUGUCCCCAGACAAUUCUUCUCUUAGAACAUUGCUGUGCUUGGUUUGACUGAAAAAUCCAGUAAAUGUCACCAUGAUUUAGGGAAUAUUUCAUUUUCCAUUUCCUGAAUGCUGGCUUUGUUUCGGAGGAUUACAUUCUUUUUUUUGGUGCCUCUUUUUCAGUCCCGGCAGGUACAAGAACAAGUUCAUUAGGGAAUCUGGUUUCUUUUGAUUCUUUUGGAUCUUGAAUCCUAUUUUAGUUUCUGUGUUUCAGGGAGAUUAAACAGAAAAAAAGCUUGUGUUAAUAUACAGUAGAGCAUUGCCAUUCAGAAUAUCUCCCUAUCUCUCCCUACUGUACUAUAAGUUCUGCAUCAUUAUCCUUUGGACAGAAAUGCCUCGAUGCCUUUUUUCCGUGGUCUUGAUCUUAUCAAUUCAAGGACAAUGUCCCUGAGAAACAAAUGAACCAAAUGUGCUUUUCAGUAUCACACAGUUGUCAGACAGUGUGGGUUGCUCAAAAAUGCAGCCGUAACUACCUGCAGAACAGACAGCAGCUUGACAAGUUUAGGCAUUGGUAGCUGUCCAUGUAAAUCCUUUUCAUGCCAGUUCAACGACAGUUUGUACUUCCUUUACUUAAGGGUAAAGAUUAUAUCCUAAUUUUUGUGGGUGUUUGGUGUAGUGAGGGUUUAUUUGAAUAUAUUUAAAUGGAUUUAUUCACAUUUGGAGGCUAGAGGCUAAACAUAUAUCAUGCAUUUUCCAUAUGCCAUACAGUGGGGAGAACAAGUAUUUGAUACACUGACGAUUUUGCAGGUUUUCCUACUUACAAAGCAUGUAGAGGUCUGUAAUUUUUUAUCAUAGGUACACUUCAACUGUGAGAGACGGAAUCUAAAACAAAAAUCCAGAAAAUCACAUUGUAUGAUUUUUAAGUAAUUCAUUUGCAUUUUAUUGCAUGACAUUAUUGCAGAACUUAAUAUUUGGUACAGAAACCUUUGUUUGCAAUUACAGAGAUCAUAUGUUUCCUGUAGGUCUUGACCAGGUUUGCACAUUUUGGCCCACUCCUCCAUACAGACCUUCUCCAGAUCCUUCAGGUUUCGGGGCUGUCGCUGGGCAAUACGGACUUUCAGCUCCCUCCAAAGAUUUUCUAUUGGGUUCAGGUCUGGAGACUGGCUAGGCCACUCCAGGACCUUGAGAUGCUUCUUACGGAGCCACUCCUUAGUUGCCCUGACUGUGUGUUUCGGGUUGUUGUCAUGCUGGAAGACCCAGCCACGACCCAUCUUCAAUGCUCUUACUGAGGGAAGGAGGUUGUUGGCCAAGAUCUUGCGAUACAUGGCCCCAUCCAUCCUCCCCUCAAUACGGUGCAGUCGUCCUGUCCCCUUUGCAGAAAAGCAUCCCCAAAGAAUGAUGUUUCCACCUCCAUGCUUCACGGUUGGGAUGGUGUUCUUGGGGUUGUACUCAUCCUUCUUCUUCCUCCAAACACGGCGAGUGGAGUUUAGACCAAAAGGCUACAUUUUUGUCUCAUCAGACCACAUGACCUUCUCCCAUUCCUCCUCUGGAUCAUCCAGAUGGUCAUUGGCAAACUUCAGACGGGCCUGGACAUGCGCUGGCUUGAGCAGGGGGACCUUGCGUGCACUGCAGGAUUUUAAUCCAUGACGGCGUAGUGUGUUACUAAUGGUUUUCUUUGAGACUGUGGUCCCAGCUCUCUUCAGGUCAUUCACCAGUUCCUGCCGUGUAGUUCUGGGCUGAUUCCUCACCUUCCUCAUGAUCAUUGAUGCCCCACAAGGUGAGAUCUUGCAUGGAGCCCCAGACCGAGGAUGAUUGACCGUCAUCUUGAACUUCUUCCAUUUUCUAAUAAUUGCGCCAACAGUUGUUGCCUUCUCACCAAGCUGCUUGCCUAUUGUCCUGUAGCCUAUCCCAGCCUUGUGCAGGUCUACAAUUUUAUCCCUGAUGUCUUUACACAGCUCUCUGAUAUUGGCCAUUGUGGAGAGGUUGGAGUCUGUUUGAUUGAGUGUGUGGACAGGUGUCUUUUAUACAGGUAACGAGUUCAAACAGGUGCAGUUAAUACAGGUAAUGAGUGGAGAACAGGAAGGCUUCUUAAAGAAAAACUAACAGGUCUGUGAGAGCCGGAAUUCUUACUGGUUGGUUUGUGAUCAAAUACUUAUGUCAUGCAAUAAAAUGCAAAUUAAUUACUUAAAAAUCAUAAAAUGUGAUUUUCUGGAUUUUUGUUUUAGAUUCCGUCUCUCACAGUUGAAGUGUACCUAUGGUAAAAAUUACAGACCUCUACAUGCUUUGUAAGUAGGAAAACCUGAAAAAUUGGCAGUGUAUCAAAUUCUUGUUCUCCCCACUGUAUAUGCAUAUUUCAUUUCAGAAUCAGAUCAUUCCAUAUGUACACAAUGUAUACAAUGUUUCAGACUAGUGCCAUGAUAGCUUUUGUGUAUAUUUCUCUGCAGCAGUACAUGUUAAAGAUAACAACUGUGCACAUAUUUUGUGUGAAGAUAAGCACUGUAUAUGUCCUGACUGUAUGCCUUCAUUCACAGGUACUAGGAUAGCUACAAGCUACGGACUUGCCAUCCUGAUUCUUGGCUGUGGCUUUAUGAGGGAUACCUUGCUAUAGUUUCAAGAACUUACUUUUCCUCCCAGUAUCACUAUGUAUGGCCUGUUAUUACCACCAAGCAGACAGCACAGUUGGCCCUUUUUUUCCCACCACUACUCUGCACCUAAUGAAUUCUUAUUACCCAUUGUACACAAGAGGCACCUUCUCAAAGGCCAGUGGCGGGAUUACCUGUUGUGCCAAUGUUUCUUCAGCGUUCCCAACAAUUGAAACAAAAUGGAAACUGACAGUGUCUACUUGGAAUAUCUUUCACAAAUACUUUUAUUUGGGUUUCCUGCAGUACAUUUAUUGUGUCAAAGUAAAAAAAAAAGAUCUAUAUUUGUGUAAUAUAUGAGUAUAUAAUUGUUUUAUUUCAAACUCCUUGAACUGUUUAUAGCUUACAUUCACUAUGUUGAUCAUGUAACUACAUUGUGCAAGGGUAUUCAUGCCACUCCGAAAACAAAAUAACUACUAAAAUACAACAAAAUGAUGUAUAGGCCUAGUUGGAUUGCUAAAUUAGGGCAACUCGACGUUGUAUUCUUUUAAAAUCUGCAUAUGUAUAACCUGCAACUACAAUUCUUGAACUUUGUUAUUAUUGAUCUGUUCUCAUUAAUUUUCACAUUCUUUACUUUUGUACGGUAUAUAAAUAUAAUCAUUUUCCAUCUCUUGUAAUUUCCUGAUGUUCACAUGUUAUGAUGCAUAAAAAUGUCAAUGUUUAUACGUGACCGUGCCAGCAGACCAUUCGUUGACAUUUGGGCUGCACUAAUAUUGUACAAAGCCAUUAAGAAAUGGAAUGCUUCACUUAGAGUACAGCUCUAAUAUUCAAAUAUGCUCCAUUACUGAAAAUAAGUAUCUAGGUACUGCUUUAGCCUAAUGCUCAGGGGCAUUAUCUUUGUGUAAAGAAUCUCACAUUAGCCAAGAAGAGUUCUUAUGCCAUUUGAUGGUGCAAUGAUGCCCCAAUGGUAUCUACAGUACACAUUUCUUAUCUGUAACACAAAGAUAAGGACGAGGAAACAGUUUAUAGGUCUUGUGAUUAAGAAAAUGUUUUUUAAUUGUUCUCGCUCUUGUCCCUUCUCAAUGUUCAUCAACACAUUGCUUUGACAAUCUGACCUCUUGAUUCAGAACCCGUUAGCAGAAGUCAUGGAUUCUACUGUUAUACAAAACUGUUAAUAGAUAUAGAAGCUGUCUAAAUGUCUAUCUUCAUUGUUCCAUAGACAUUCACCACUUGGAAUAAUUUCCAUUCACUAUAUGGAUGCACCGAUUUUAUGUAGUGUCAUUGUUAAGUGCAGUGACCACUGGACAUAUUAUCCCACCAUAGCUAUUGUAUGAAUAGGUGGUAUUGGUAAUGGAUGCAGCAACAGUGCUUCAGAUCUGCCAUUCAGUUGAGCUGAAGAGUGUAUCCAUAGACUGAAGAGAGUCUCCAUUGUAAAAUGUAUCAUGCAACCAAAGACAGUGGCUAUGGCCAUACAUUAUUGACGUUCACCAACAUCGAUCUCUUUGCACAUUGCUUAUACUGUAGCCUAGUUUUCUCACAUAUUGUGCCCAUUUAUUCCCAAUAUUUUUACAGUGUCAGAAGGAGGCAGACAAUCUGCCCAGAUUCACAAAGUACUAUCUGUCCAUUUCUUCAAAUCGUAUUUAAAAUAACAGCACUUUGGACUUACUGAGAUGGAAUAAUUAUAAGUAUUGGCAAUGGAUACAAAUUCCAGGGGCCAAUAAGAAGCAGGAUUUUGCUUAAGGUCUCCAUCGUAAACAGUCUCCAGUCUUCUGGACACAGCUCUGCUGAACUCAGUGAGGAACCUAAACCUGUUGAUACAGAAGUUGGAGUUAGCUGACAGAGCAUAUAACACAGAAGAAUCCAGCUAGAGACAUAUUGUAAUCAGCAAGUCUUGUCAGGGUACAAAAUGUGUGGGCGAUAUAGAGUAUUUAAUCUGCUAUGUUCCAGUGGUGCUGGGAUGAGAACAGUUAAUCUAGCAAAGCUACUCAACCUCAAAUCAAUAUUAGGCUAAAGUCCAUUGAGUAAAAGUUAUUAUAUGACUAUUAUGACGAAUCCUAACUGUUCAGUUUUGAGGAAGAUGAUUUUGAGAACUUGACAUCUGCUAGUAGAAUGUUUAUCACAUACAAGUUCUCCAAUCAGGUAAAAUGGAAAGCAUAUUUGUGUGCACAGUAAAAUGAAUGCCUUCAGUUUAUCAAAUCCCUGUAUAAAAUUUGAAAAAUAAAGUAAAACAUCUGUAAAACUUGUAAAGUAAUCAGCAUGUAACCUUUUUUUAAAUCCAAAUGUCUAAAAGCAGAGACAAGUGAUGUUCUGUAUUUGUAACAAUGUUGUCAUUUAUUCAUUUUCAAGUGCUAAUAACAGGAAAUGGAAUUUAAAAACAACUUUAUUGACAGUCUGUUAAGGAGGACCACUUUCCAUGGCAGUACUCACCUGUUGCAAGGCCUACAGUACUUCAACUCACUGGAUUUUAUCAACAGGAAAUGGACUCACAACAGAGUACAGGCUCAAGCAAAGUGGAUAUAUCAUUUAAAGGAUCGACAGAGUCGUUUGUUAAGGGAAUUGCGACAUCUGACAAUUGUCUCAGCCCACCAAACAAGAUACUACUGUAUACUAUGACAUUUUAGCAACUCAAAUCAAUGGAUAUUGUUUCAGAAACGACAACACAGCAGUUUUCAUGUUCUUUUUUUAUGAUGCCGAUAUCCAUUGUUUCAGCUCCACAUAGAUGUAUUGUUUCCUUAUUACGCUUCAUCUCGAUGCAGUCUUGUCUGUUUGUUGAGCUGUCAAAAAUGUUAUGACCUGUAAUUUUAUUUUGAUUUGGUACUGUGUGAAGCUUCUGUACUGGAACGUUGCAGCAGUUUGUAUUAUAAUGAUGAUAUCAGAAAAAUAUUUAAAUAAAUCAUUUUCACAGAUGGGAUUCAAACACCGCUUCCUCUGCUGGAUUCCAUCUGUUAAAUCGGCAACAUAUUAUGACUUGACUUAGUGAGUACAUUGGAUGUAGUCCACUGGGCUCAGUGUGGCACAUAAAGUGGCAUUCAACCAUUCUGAGUGGCUAUCGGGACAAGGCUUACAGCUGUCUGGUCAUAACACCACUGAAGGUUGUAGUGAGGUCCAAAUCAAAAAAAGUAUAUUUACCCUGGUUACAAUUAUCACAACCAAAAUGUUUUAUCUAAUCAGAUCGCAGUGCUGCCAACUGGAUAUUAUUCUGUUCAAUUAGUUGCAUCUAUUGGCUCACAGCACCAUCUGUGGCAUUGUUAUCAUUAAUGUCUGCUGUAGGAGAAACUGUUUUCUGCAAAGGUUGCGAUGUGGUUAUAACUAUACAGU